AUGCCGAGGCCAAGUCCAAGAACGUACGACUGUCUCAGCAGAGCUUGGCAUAGUCACAAACACCAACCAAUGAAGAGCCUGAAAAUUUACAACUGGAUGCAUAUGGCUGAUGGACUCCUUCAUACAUCUUGUGGAACUCCAAACUAUGUUGCUCCUGAGGUUCUUAAUGAUGGAGGCUGUGAUGGAGUGAUAUUACUUAAACAUAAUACAUUCUUGUAA